GCUGAGGCAGUGCAAGUACUCACUAAAGAGCCUGAAGUGCCAAUUUUCGAAGAAGACAGCUUUGAGUGCCCGGAUACAAAGCAAACAAUUUCCAGCACCUCUCUUUGUGAUGGUAUACCAAACUGUCUCACGCAUACCAUGAGGGACAUCAAUCCCCGAAUCGAAGUGGCCGACGAAGACGUCACGAUAUGCGUUCCAGAUCUGCUUACCCGCGUGCACGAGUUAAAGCUUCGGAGUGGUUUUGUAACAUCCAGCUCCGCAGACCUCAUAUGGCACCCUCCUGAACCUAAUUCUUCCAGCGGGGACGCACUGGCCGGCUAUCUUCUCACCACGGAAUCGAGAGUACAUUUCUCCAAAACUACACUACAGCCAACCAUGCGCAUUUUCAACGUCACUGAACUCAAACCCUGGAUGGAAUACAACAUCGUUCUCAGGCCUUUUUACGAAAGCGGCGCCCGCACUGAACCUUCACGCCGCUUCGGAAAGGCGGAAAUGGUGAAGGUACUCACGAUGGCCACAGCUCCGUCUGCGCCAAGAGAUUUGAUUGUGACUUCGAUUCAAGAUCGCUCAGUCACUGUAAAAAUCAUUGAACCAGUGGCUUGGAACGGCGUUCCUCUCGGAUAUCGCUACGGCUGGGGCCCUGGUGAGGAAGAACGGGACAUAGACAUCGGUGGAGAACAUUUUGAUGGCAACAAUGCUGUCGUCGCAGUGCCAGGCGAGCCAGGAAGGCCCAUCGUAAUUUACGCCAUCGCGCGUUGCGCGGAUGAAUCUGGCAACGAGCUGCAUGGGCCCAUGACAACUGUCAGCACCAGUACAAUCGUCCCAACCCCAUCCGGCCUUACGGUCACUGCGCUUAGUUUGAACCGGGCACUUAUCACAUGGCUACAGCCAGGACGGACAAAAGAGUACAAGGUAAGUGAACAGGCGUAG